GAUCAGGCUUCAGACGCAAGAAGCACCAGCCCCCACUGAUCAACUUUUGAUCAGUUCAACUCAGCUCUCCGAAGACUUGUUUAAGGUCUCCAAUAACAUUGCAUACGUGCAUUCUCUAUGUGCAUAUCCGUUGCUUGGACCUGGAAGGAGGGGGGGACACCAUUUGGUAGCCUGCUAGCUCCUCCAUAAGCUAGCUCAUUGCAUGGACUUCUCCAAGAACAGCCAUCAAAGUUAGCUGUGGUCUGGUGCGACUUUGAUUUGCGCGGAGGUUAGGCCCAGAAGGGCACACAGAGGCGCGCGAUGCAGCAGCUGCUACUUCUGUUCCUGCUCCUAGUAGGCCUCCGGCCAAGCUCCAGCCAGACGAACUCCCAAGAUGUUGCCGCACUUCAGGCAUUGAUGAAGAAUUGGCGGAAUGAACCGCAGAGUUGGACAGGAUCAACUGAUCCCUGCACCUCCUGGGAUGGAAUUUCCUGUUCUAGUGGGAGGGUGACAGAAAUGAGAUUACCAAGCAUGAAUCUUCACGGUACAUUAAGCAACACCAUAUACCAGCUGUCUGCUUUGACAUAUCUGGAUCUGUCUAACAACCCAAAUCUUGGAGGCACACUUAGUCCAGACAUUGGAAAUCUGAAGCAGCUCACAAUUCUGAUUUUGCUUGGAUGCAGCUUCACUGGUAAUAUCCCGAAAGAGAUUGGCAACUUAACAAAGCUCACAUUCCUGGCCCUAAACUCAAAUAAGUUCACUGGUGGAAUUCCACCAACACUUGGCCUCGUUUCAAAUCUUAUCUGGUUGGACUUGUCAGCAAAUCAGCUAUCAGGAGAAAUCCCAGUUUCUCCAGGGUUGAAUCAACUUCUCAGCACGAAGCAUUUCCACUUCAGUGAGAACCAGUUGACAGGCCCAAUGAGCGAAAGCCUUUUCAAUGCUAAUAUGAGCCUUAUACAUGUGAUAUUUGACAGAAACAAGUUUACUGGGCCAAUCCCAAAAUCUCUUGGACUUGUUCCAAACCUUACAAUUAUCCAACUAGAUCAGAACCAGUUCAGUGGUCCCGUUCCUAAUAGUAUUGGCAACCUACGUAACCUGAUGGAACUGAACUUAGCAAGCAACCUUCUGAACGGGACAGUGCCAGAUCUCACCAAUGCAACUCAGCUAAAUUAUGUGGAUCUAAGCAAUAAUAACUUUGCAAGCUCACCAGCACCAGGAUGGUUUUCAACGUUGACAUCCCUGAAUACCUUAUUUAUGGAUAAUGAUGGUCUUACUGGGACAAUCCCUAGUGCUCUGUUCAGUUUCCCACAACUGCAGCAAGUAUCACUAGCUAAGAAUGCAUUCAAUACUCUAAAUAUGAGAGGUAACAUCAGCUCACUAUUGCGGGUUGUUAAUUUGACAAAUAAUCAUAUCAUCGAAGAAAAUGUAGACCCAAGCUACAACAACAGCCUCAUAUUAACAGGGAAUCCAGUAUGCUUAGACAACAUUAAUUUAUGCACACUAAAGCAAAAGCAGCAAGUGCCAUACGCCACUAGCCUUGGCCCAUGCGGUGCCAUUUCAUGCCCAACCGAUCAGUCAGCAAAUCCAGUGACUUCGCAGAACUGCCUAUGCACCAACCCCUUUCAGGGUCUGAUGAUCUUCCGAGCACCUGCUUUCUCUGAUAUGACAAACGCUGCAACAUUCCAACCUCUGGAGUCAACACUUGCUCAGAAUCUUAGCCUGGCACCAAGAUCAGUUGCCCUUUCCAAUGUUGAAUUCAGUCCAGGAGCUCCUCUAACACUCACAGUGAAGAUUUUUCCAGUCAGUGGAACCGGCUUCGAUCGCUCAGAUAUCAUAAGAAUCAGUUCUGCUCUGGUCAACCAAACUUAUAAUGCUCCACGUACAUUUGGACCGUACAGCUUCAUAGCAAGCACAUACUUUCCAAGUCCUAGCGGUAAAAAGUCCUCCAUGAGCACAGGUGCAAUAAUUGGAAUAUCAGUUGCUUGUUUUGUCCUUAUUGUUGCCCUUGUUCUGGUAGCAAUAUAUGCUCUACGACAGAAAAGAAUAGCCAAGGAAGCAGUAGAGCAAACUACAAAUCCUUUUGCAUCAUGGGGAGCAGGUGGUAAAGACAAUGGAGAUGUGCCACAGCUGAAGGGUGCAAGAUACUUCUCGUUUGAAGAACUAAAAAAAUGCACCAAUAAUUUCUCAGGAAUCCAUGAGAUAGGAUCUGGAGGAUAUGGGAAGGUGUACAAAGGGACACUAGCAAAUGGGCAAAUAGCUGCAAUAAAACGAGCACAGCAAGGAUCCAUGCAAGGCACAGCUGAGUUCAAGAAUGAGAUUGAACUGCUGUCCAGGGUUCAUCACAAGAACCUAGUGAGCCUAGUAGGUUUCUGCUAUGAACAAGGGGAGCAGAUGUUGGUUUACGAGUAUAUUCCUAAUGGGACAUUACGGGAGAACCUGAUGGGUAAAGGAGAAAUGCACUUGGAUUGGAAGAAGCGCCUCAGGAUAGCCGUCGGCUCUGCAAAAGGUCUAGCAUACCUCCAUGAACUUGCUGAUCCACCAAUUAUACACAGAGAUAUCAAAUCGACCAAUAUCCUUUUGGAUGAAAGUCUAAAUGCAAAGGUUGCUGAUUUUGGUCUUUCAAAGCUAGUAUCUGACACACAAAAGGGCCACGUUUCUACCCAAGUCAAGGGAACACUGGGUUAUUUGGAUCCUGAAUAUUACAUGACUCAGCAGCUCUCUGAGAAGAGCGAUGUUUACAGCUUCGGAGUUGUCAUGCUCGAACUAAUAACUGCCAGGCAACCCAUAGAGAAAGGCAGGUACAUUGUCCGUGAGAUAAGGACAGCAAUAGACCAGUAUGAUCAAGAAUACUAUGGCUUGAAGGCCUUAACUGAUCCAGCAAUCCGGGAUUCAGCAAAAUUAGUUGGCUUCAGGAGAUUUGUGCAAUUGGCUUUGGAGUGUGUGGAAGAGUCUGCCGUUGACCGCCCAACAAUGAAUGAUGUGGUGAGGGAACUUGAGAUCAUCAUACAGAAUGAAGGGGCCCAAUUGUUACAAUCAGGAUCUGUAUCAGCUGAACAAUUUGGAAACGCAAAGGGUCGAGAUCCUUAUGCGGAACAUUUGCCUAUGAAAGAUGAAAGCAGCAGCAGCACCUUUGAUUACAGCAGUGUAUAUUCGUACUCAGCUGUUGAACCAAAGUAGAUACCAUGUAUUAGUUCUUGCUUGUCUCUACUCAUCGUUCUCGGUGCAUAGUCCAAGUGAAAAGGACAUAAUGCAUGUAUCAUACAAUACUCAUUUUCCCUGUCUGUUGAUAAAAGCAAUGUACGAAACAUGUUGAAACACACUGGCAAAUGGCUUGCUUACGAUGAAAUAGCAGAGAAUGAUCUGUAUAUAAUACCA